GAGCACUGUCUGGGGGAGGAGUACCGCGGCUGUCAUGUCGGAGCUACGUUGAGGACCAAAAUUAUUGAGGAAAACCGCAAAUUUCCUUCAUUAUCUGCCCACCGUGGCGGGUCCUGAGGCUCCCGUGGGCAGAGGAGAGACUCAGGCAUCCGGGAGGCCAAGGACAAGGCUGCCGGUCCCUAAAUAACGGAAAUAUAAGGGAAAAGGUGAAGCCAGACAACCAGCCGGACGAAGGAAGGGAGAGAAAAAUUUGGAAGAAAAAGGGAGAAAGAGAAGAAGAGGAGGAGGAAGAAGCGGUGAAGUGAGUGGAAAUAAAAGAAUAAGAACGAAGGAACGGAAAUAAAAGGGAAGAGGUGAAGCCAGACAACGAGUUAGAACCAGACGGAGGGAAGAAAAGGAGAAGAAAAUUUUGUUGGAAGGAAAAGGAAGAAAAAGAGAGUAUAGAAGAAGGAAGAAGUGAAGUGAACAAAGACAAAACCGGAGGAAAUAAAGACAGGAGUGGAGGAAAAAGGAAUCGAGACACAGAGGAGUGGGAGAGGAAAAACAAGUGAAUAGAGACAAGAAAAUUAAGAAGUGAGAGGAAAACACUUCAAUGAGGACCCAAGAAGUGAAGAAAAACAAACACUAAAAAAAGAACACUAAGAAUAACAUAGUGAACGAAGUUGAAUGGAAGAACGAAGAAAGAGGAGGAAGGAGAGGAAGAUAAAAAUAACCGAAGGAUAAUAAAGAUGGGAGGAGAAGGAGGGGGAGAAAGAGAGGAGUGAAUAAGAAGAGGAAAAUGAGAAGGCAAAGGAAUGAACACUGAGAAAAGGAGGAAGAAAGGAAGAUAAUUGGAGAGUAAGAAAAGAAAGUCGAGAGAGAGAGGAAGAGGAAGACAGUUGGAAAGUAAAAAAAAAGGCUAAUUGAGGAAGAAAGAAAGUUAAGAUAAAAAAGAAAGCUUGAGAACAUGAAAAAAGUGAUAAUUUGAGAGAAUUGUAAACUAUAUAACCUCAGAAACGAGUUAUCACACGUUACUACAGACAGACACACAGACAGUUACAUAAAAGAAGGAAAAACAAACAAACGAAGAGAAAAGAAAGCAAUACAGACACAAAUCAAACAAUAGACAAUUACAUAAGAAAGUAGAAAAAGAAAGGAAAGUAAAAGAAAACAAAACUGAUGGAAAACGAACCAAAGACCCAAGUGGAGUGAUAAAAAGAGAUAAAAGAGCAAAACGAAAGUGAAGAAGGAAAAGAACUGAAGGAGGAAGGAAGGAAGGAAAAGAAGGACACACACACGAGGUACCAAACCCAGCAACACGCAAAAAAGGAGACAAAAAACCACGAGACGAGAGCUAAAAGGAGCGGAGAGGAAGAAGAAAGUGAGACAGAGGGAGGGAGAGUGAAACAGAAGGAAGAGAGCAAAGAAAAAGACGCACUCCACCACAGACAGAACUAAAGAGAGAGAGAGAGAGGAGGAGGAGGGAGAGAGAACCACAGACAGCUAAAGAGAGUGAAACAGAGAGAAAAGACACCAUUACAGAACUAGAGGAAGAGAAAGACUCGGAAACAUACAAUUACAUAACUAGAGAAAGACGAAGAGAAGGACACUCGGAAACAUACAAAGCUAACGAGAGUGAGAGACAGAGAGAAAGGAAGAGAAACAGAAAACAGAAGGAGAGGGAAAAACACACCCACAUAACCCAUAAAAAGAGACAACCCCAAAGGAAGGGACUCGAAGUGGAGGGUGCAGCGUCGCCCUAGCCAAGAUGUCCAUGCUGCCCUUUACGCCGCCCGUGGUAAAGCGGCUCCUCAGCUUCAAGAAGGGCGAGGGCGAGGACAAGUGGAGUGAAAAGGCCGUCAAGAGUCUGGUGAAGAAGCUGAAGAAGUCUGGCGGCCUGGAGGAGUUGGAGGGCGCCGUGGCUGGCCAAGAACCCUCCUCCCGCUGCAUCACCAUUCCCAGGUCGCUGGAUGGGCGGCUGCAAGUGUCCCACAAGAAGGGUCUACCCCAUGUCAUCUACUGCCGGUUGUGGCGCUGGCCGGAGUUACAGUCCCACCACGAGCUGCGUGCCCUCGACCACUGCCAGUACGCCUUCAACCUCAAGAAGGAGGAGGUGUGCGUCAACCCCUACCACUACACCAAGAUAGAGGCCCCUGCGCUGCCAGCCAUAUUGGUGCCCCGAGGCAGCGGCAGCAGCAGCAGCGGCAGCAGCAGCGUGGGUGGGGGGGGCGGCAGUGGAGGUGGAGGAGUGGGUGGGUCAAGCCCCGGCUCAGAGGAGGACCUUGGCUCCCUGGCUGACUUCACCGCUGACAGUGUGAGUGACUCGACCUCGCUGGACGUGGCCCCGACCCUGGAGCCUCCCCCCACCUUCCCCCCGACCGAGUCCCCUCCACCGGGCUACAUGAGUGAGGACGGCGACACCCUGCCGGACAUCACCGACUACCCAGGCAUGAUACCCACGUCACCAUCCCCCCCCCUUGAUGCGCAGCCCGUCACCUACUGCGAGCCGGCCUUCUGGUGCUCCAUCUCCUACUACGAGCUGAACACCAGGGUGGGGGAGACCUUCCAUGCCUCGCAGCCCUCCCUCACGGUGGACGGCUUCACUGACCCCAGCAACAGUGAACGGUUCUGCCUGGGUCUGCUGUCCAAUGUCAACCGCAACCCGGUGGUGGAGCAGACGCGCCGCUACAUUGGGAAGGGUGUUCGCCUCUACUACAUUGGCGGGGAGGUGUUCGCCGAGUGCCUCUCCGAUUCUUCAAUCUUUGUCCAGAGUCCAAACUGCAACCAGCGGUACGGCUGGCACCCGGCCACCGUGGUGAAGAUCCCGCCAGGAUGUAACCUAAAGAUAUUCAACAACCAAGAGUUUGCACACCAGCUGGCCCAGAGUGUGAGCCAGGGCUUCGAGGCCGUCUACCAACUCACUAGGAUGUGCACCAUCCGCAUCUCCUUCGUCAAGGGCUGGGGUGCAGAGUACAGAAGGCAGACGGUCACCUCCACGCCGUGCUGGAUAGAGCUACACUUGAAUGGCCCCCUACAAUGGCUGGACCGUGUACUGACACAAAUGGGCUCCCCCUGCCUCCCCUGCUCCUCCAUGUCUUGAGUGGGCAGCAGGCAUGGCAUCAGCAGCAGGGUAUUGGCUCCUUGCCCAGACCCUUGGAAAGUGUUUUGCUGAGACGGAGACAUUGCUCGCUUGUGUCUGGUGGAGUGACUGUCGGUCUAGAGUACCCCGUUUUAAUGAGGCUGUACAGGGCAGUGUUGACGCCCUUGGUGGCUCAGUGGCGUGUGGAGUGUUGUGGACCCCGAGUUUGCUGUGGGGCAGCAUGCAUGGGGCUGGCGGUGUGCUGUGCCGGGACCAGAGGCCAAACAGACCCCAUGUAGCGCCACUGAGUCUACUGUGUUGAACUCAAAGGAUGUGUGAGUGCUGCAGUGCAUGACCCCAGUGCCAAGGAUGUUGGAGGUGUGGUCAGCUGACAGCCUCAUCCUGGGGAGGGAGAGAGUGAGGAGGGGUCUGCUGUUGUCUGAAGGGAGUCCUGCUGGCAGUGUGGGGCUGCUGUGGCCGAGGCUCGUGGAAGCUGAGACUGUUGUUCAUUAAUCAUUUUCAUAUUGCAUUUUUUCAUUUUAUAGAUUUAAAACUUUGUGUCCUGAAGGAGAUAACACAUACUCAGUUUGUCAUACAUUAGGUCAAUUUUUAUGUUACAAGUAUUUAACAUGUUGGGACAUUCUGGUUUUAUAGUUUUGAAUUUAAUUAAAUUAAUUAAUGAAAUAUACAUUGCAAUAGAUUAUUUAAU